CGCCGGUGUGGUUGAGGAGCGCGGGCGGGGUCUAUGGUGGCUCCGUGGGCCGCUCUGCUGGCUGGUGCUUUUGUAGCAGGGCAGGCAGUGUUCCAUGGCAGGGAACUUCUGGCAGAGCUCCCACUAUUUGCAGUGGAUUUUGGAUAAACAAGAUCUGUUGAAAGAGCGCCAGAAGGACUUAAAGUUUCUCUCAGAAGAAGAGUAUUGGAAAUUACAAAUAUUUUUUACAAAUGUUAUCCAAGCAUUGGGUGAACAUCUUAAAUUAAGACAACAGGUUAUUGCUACUGCUACAGUCUAUUUCAAGAGGUUCUAUGCCAGGUAUUCUCUGAAAAGUAUAGAUCCUGUAUUAAUGGCUCCUACGUGUGUGUUUCUGGCAUCCAAAGUAGAGGAAUUUGGUGUAGUCUCAAAUACAAGAUUGAUCGCUGCUACUACUUCUGUAUUGAAAACUAGAUUUUCCUAUGCCUUUCCAAAGGAAUUUCCUUACAGGAUGAAUCAUAUACUAGAAUGUGAAUUUUACCUUUUAGAAUUAAUGGACUGUUGCUUGAUAGUGUAUCAUCCUUAUAGACCUUUGCUGCAGUAUGUGCAGGACAUGGGCCAAGAAGACGUGUUGCUCCCCCUUGCAUGGAGAAUAGUGAAUGAUACCUACAGGACGGAUCUUUGUCUGCUGUACCCUCCUUUCAUGAUAGCGUUAGCUUGCCUACAUGUAGCCUGUGUUGUACAACAGAAAGAUGCUAGGCAAUGGUUUGCAGAACUUUCUGUGGAUAUGGAGAAGAUUUUGGAAAUAAUCAGGGUUAUUUUAAAACUAUAUGAGCAGUGGAAGAAUUUUGAUGAGAGAAAGGAGAUGGCAACUAUUCUUAGUAAGAUGCCAAAACCCAAACCACCCCCUAACAGAAGCUCCCUGAGUGAUUCUCCACUAAUGGCAGGGCCUGAAGCUGCAAGAUGAUGGUGGACAAGAUAAGGCAAUCUCCUAUUGUCACAGUUACUGUGAAGGAGAGCAGGGUCCAAAUGGAAGUCAGAACUCUAGCUACAGCCAAUCUUAAAACACCCUGAAGAAGCCUGUAGAGGACCACUUGGAAGUAAAGCCUUGGACAGUUUGAGUAAACUCUUCAUUGGAAAGCAGAUGCAAUUGAAUAGCUUGUUCCUGUCAAGCAUAUUGGGAAUUGACUUAAUUUUUUCCAAAUAAGUUUACCUUACUUAAUUUGAUUCUAGUGUAUAAUUUAUUAAAUCUUAAUUAUAAAAUUUAACAAAGCUCUGAGGGGACCUAUUUUAGACAUACACAGACAUUUCAGAGUUAACUUCUCUCACACAGAAAUAAAUAUACACACACUAUUAUUUGAUUAGGAUAAUUGAAGACUUUUUUUUUAUUAAUAAUACCAUUUUGUUUUGUUUGUCGAGACAGGGUUUCCCUCUGUAGCUUUGGAGCCUUCCCUGGAACUCACUCUGUAGGCUAGGCUGGCCUCAAACUCACAGAGAUCUGCCUACCUCUGUAAUAGCUUUUGUUAAAUUAAGGCAGGAAACAUGAAAUGUCAUUUGUUUAAAAUUCUCUUUGGACAUCAAGGGACCAAAACAGGACAUAAAAAGUCAGUAAGAACCCCCCCACUCUCUCCAGUUUGAGGGAGAUUAAAUGAGAACUUACUGAUUUUUAAAUUAUAUUUUAUUCAGUACUUUUUCUGUCAUCACAGAAGAUCUUAGCCCGGCCUGUUAGAAAAGUGCAAUAUGUAUAGUAUAUGUUGACAUUUUAAAAGUUAUAUUGACUUACUAGCUGUUUUGAAAUGCUGGGAAACCUGAAAGAAAAAGUUACUUGCUAUUAUUUCAGAGUUAAUAAGCAUUUUAAAAGUUUAGUUUGCUUAAAAGAUGAAGUUGAAAUUUGGUGAGGUUUUAUUGUUAAUCUGUCCUAAACAUUUUUAUGAUAUACAUACACGCUAGUCUAAUUUUAUGUCUUAGUGAGAACUGACACAUGGGCAGCUAAUGUUCUGAGUCAAGAACCUCGUCAGGUUUCAGGCCAGUAUGGUACUGGCUGUUACUCAUUUUCGUGAGUGUAGACUUUAGAACAGAUGCUACAUCUGUAGAACUGGUAUCUCUGAAACUUCAUAAAUUACUCAUUUUCUUCAGACUUGAAGGAAGAAUGACAUAUAAAACUCGGAGGAAUGGGAUAUUAAUGUGUAGUUUUGCACUCCUAAAAGUUAAUCAUGAAAAAAGUUACUAAGCAUUGACCUCCUAGUUAAACCUGGAAGAAUAAAGAUUUAAGUUUUUCAGCUGUA